AAACACAUGACUAUCAUGUGAUCAUGACAUUAUAAAGUACUUUCAUUUUGCUGCAUACAGUAUUACAGGAUGGAUAUUACAUUAACAUUUGUUCUUGUUGUGGUAUUUUGCUACAGUGUCUCUUGUGGAGAGUACAAUUAUGGAAGUGUGUAUUGUUCAGCCAAAAAGUGUACUUAUAAGAAAGGUGUACUGGAUUACACUCACUCAACAGCUGUGGCAGUAUACAAUGAUACAUUGAUGGAGACAGGAUGGGGGAUCCUAGAUAUUAUUUCAGGCAAUGGAAAACCAGCUGAUGAUAUAGACAUAAUGUAUGCUGCUGGUUAUAUGGAGGGAGUACUCACAGCUCCGCGAAUCUACCAACAUUACCUAAACAUUAAGGAUAUUUUCCUGACUGGUAUAUCUACAAAAGUUGUCACAGAUCUCAAAGAAUUUCUCAAAACUCAAGAUAAAUGGAUGAGAAAGCAAAUAGAGAGCAAUACACCAAAAGAUCCAUUAUGGAGACAUGUUGCCAUGGUGAUAGCACAGUAUGAUGGAUUGGUUGAUGGAUAUAAAGCUACUGCUGAACAGGAUUUAGAAAUAUUUGCAUUCCAAGUGUUGAAUGGAGCAGGAGAUUUAAUAGAUUUAGUGAAGGCAUUAAACCCUGCCUCUAUACCAAACUGGAGAGCUUUUACUCCAGCUGAAGCUAGGGUAUAUGUUCAACGAACAGGCAUGUGUUCAGCCCUAAUUAAGGUUUUAGGAGCCUACGAAGAUAUUUUUAUGUCACAUUCCAGUUGGUUUGAGUACCAGGCUACAAUGAGAAUAUUUAAACAUUACAACUUUAAUGUAAAAGAUUCAGCUUCAUCAGCUAAAAAGAUUUCAUUUUCAAGUUAUCCAGGUUUCCUGGAGUCAUUAGAUGAUUUUUACUUAAUGAGCAGUAAUAUGGUCAUGUUACAGACAACCAAUAAUGUCUUCAACCAAACUCUGUAUAAACUUGUACAACCACAAUCUUUGUUGGCAUGGCAACGAGUCAGAGUGGCUAAUAUGAUGGCAUCCUCUGGUAAACAAUGGGCAGAUGUCUUCUCUUUGUACAAUUCUGGUACUUAUAACAACCAGUACAUGAUACUUGAUAUGAAGAAAAUAUCACUCGGUAAAUCUAUCGAUGAUGAUGCCCUCUGGGUUGUCGAGCAGAUUCCUUCCCUUGUCAAAUCAGCUGAUACUACUAGUAUUCUACGAACAGGUUACUGGCCAUCCUACAAUGUGCCAUUCUUCGAAGAAAUAUACAAUAUGAGCGGGUAUCCUGCCUAUGUGGCCCAGCAUGGAACAGAGUUCUCAUAUCAACUUGCUCCAAGAGCCAAGAUCUUCCGUCGAGAUGAAGGAAAGGUUGUUGAUCUGAUGUCAAUGAAGAAAAUAAUGAGAUACAAUGAUUACAAGAAUGAUCCUUACUCAGAAGGAGAUUCCUGUAAUGCAAUCUGUUGCCGUGGUGAUCUAAAGAAAGAGAAUCCUCGUCCAGAUGGUUGUUAUGAUACAAAGGUUUCAAACCUUGCCAUGGCAAAGAAUUUCACAGCAGAUAUCAUUAAUGGACCAACUCGAGGAACAGAUUUACCUGUGUUUGUCUGGUCAGAUGUCUAUAAACAGUCUCAUGUUGGUUUACCUGAGAAAUAUGACUUCAACUUUAUUAGAACAGCUCCAAAAUGGAAUUUUUGAAUUUUCUUUAGUCAAUUGGAGUUCAACCUAUACUUUACGUGAACUUGACCUCUAGUCAGUGAAAAUUAAAAUUACCUCCCUUUCUUAAUGCUAAAUUUUUUUUUUAGGAUGCAUUUGAUUUUCAUGGUUAUGAGGUAGAAUAUAAAACAAAAAUUUUAACUUGUAUACUGUUUUAUUAUAUAAUGUUUCAAUGAAUGUUUUCUGUGAAGAAUUCAUAAAUAAAGAACUUAGACAUAACAUUCAAAUUCAAGGCAAAUAGUCAAACUAGCUGAAAAUGAUGGAGAAAAUGGAAAUUGAUUGAAAACUUCUUGAUUGAGUUACCUUUGCUUAACAUCCAGCUGCAAAUAUCACAUGCAUAGUCAAAAUAUCACAUGCAUAGUCAAAAUAUCACAUGCAUAAUAAGGAUGAUAAAAUAAAGAUAACACAUGAAUAAUGUGGAUGAUAACGGAAUUGGUUGAAUUUUCAUUGUGGCACUCAGCUGUUUAGAAAGUUGACUUUGAAAACAGAGCUCAAAGAUGUAAUUUGUGGAGGUAAACAUGUUAUAAUUUUCAAGUGAUAAUCAUGUUGUCAUGUUAAAUCAAACCAAAUCGAACCAAAUCAAGUUUAUUGUACAAAAACAGGCCUCCAGCCCACGAUACAUUUAUAAAUUCACAAUUUAUAAUUUCAACUACACUUUAAUAGUAACAUAUAUUAAACAAUAAAACACACCCAUAUUAUACAUAUAUAUAUAUAUAUCUAAUUAGUUUGUAAAAUGUUUGUAAUAGACCAGUAUUUGUAAUAAAUUAAUUUUUUAUAUAGAUUAUAUAUUUUUCAUAAAGUCACAGUGACAAAACUUCCUCUCUACAGCAUUUAGCUUUUUUCAAAAGUGUUGCAAGAUUUUUCAAAGUAUUUAAAUUAUUAGUUUUAAAAAGACUAAUUAAUGUGUCUUUGUAACAGUUACUUUGGCACUAUAAUGGUAAACAAAUUCUUCUUAUAUCAGUCAUGUUAUAACACAUGUUGUUUUCUAAUGAUUUUUUUUCAAUUAAAAGCAUUUUGUUGUUCAAAAAUCAAAUGUACAAUUUAACAAAGGGAUUGGACAGAGACAAAGCUUAUUCAAAUCCAUUCCCUUUCACGAUGGAUUGAAUAAUCUGAUAUUAUCUACUAUAUUUUUGAUAAUUCAUAGAACAUUUAUUCUUGUAGUGAGUCAGGUGUCGCCGAUAACUCCUUGAAAUUUUUUAUAUAUGAUAAGUAGAUAUUAGUGAGCUUUUGCGUAUUUUUUUCUUUAAAUAAUUUAUUUUUAAUUUGUUUACUGCGAUUUUCAAUAUGUUAUAGCAAGAUUUUUCAAAGUAUUGGAAUUAUAAGUUUUAAAAAGACUAAUUAAUGUCUUUGUUACAGUAACUUUGGCACCAUAACGGUAAAACAAUUCUUCUUAUAUCAGUCAUGUUACAGGUGUUAUAACACAUGCUGUUUUCUAUAGAUUUUUUUUUUCAAUUCAAAGUAUUUUGUUGUUCAAAUAUCGAACAUACAUUUUAACAAUGAGAUUGGACAAAGACAAAGCUUAUACAAAUCCAUUCCCUUACAUGAUGGAUUCAAUAAUCGGAUAUUAUUUAAUAUAUUUUUGAUAAUUCAUAGAACAUUUAGUAUUGGAGUGAGUCAGGGUAGACAAAUACCUCCUUCUUGAAAUUUUUGAUUAGAUAUUAGUGAGCUUUUGCUGAUUCUCUACUUUAAACUAUUUAUUUUUAAUUUGUUUACUGUGAUUUUCAAUAUGUUAUACAUGUUGACAUGGAUUAUUAUAAAUUAUAUUUUUGAUUAUACAAGAUGGACUUUGAAAGCAUUGUUCACAUAUUAGCUAUUGCCUUAAAGUAUUUUUAUAAAUUGAAUAAUUUGAUAUGAACUAGACAUUGCCUUAAAAGGAAACCCCACACACAUAUAUUUAUAUAAGGACUGAAACAUAGAUGUGAGACUGAUUAUUGCUGUUAGUGUUCUCAUAUAGUAAUUGUUUUUCUAUUGUUUUGACUUAUUGUUUUUGCUCAUUUCUUUUUCUUGAUAUUAUUUGUUUAAUGUGUUUCAGGAUUUGUAAUCCACAUUCCACAGCAUUAUAGUGUGAAUCUACUUAAGAAGUAUGUACCUAUGUUUUUUAUCUGAAUGAAUUUGUCAUGAAAACUUUUAAUUAUAAAUCAGUUUAUUAUU